GAACCAGGAGUCCAGGAUCAGCCCAAAUUUCUGAAGAGAGAGAGAGAUAUAUAUAUAUAUAUAUAUAUAUAUAUAUAUAUAUAUAUGAUUAAUUCUGAAGAUAUUCUUAGACCUCUAGGCCAAUCUCUCUCUCUCUCUCUCUCCUACGCUUCCAAUUCCCCCUUGUGCAGAGAAUGUAUUUCUGAAGCCCCCAAUUCACCGCUUCCAGUUCCAUUCCCAUUUGAAUCCCAUGGUUACAUUAUCCUUAUCCCCUCUUCACUACGCAUCAAACCCACCAGUCCACACCUCAAUAAACCAGAACCCAUGUCGUUCCACUCUAAUUCCACGCCCCACUGCAACAAAAACUCCCCAAAACCGAAGCAAGAAGAAAUCUCGCAAAUUCACCGUACUUGCCGUGACCGAGGGCUCAAGAAAGUCCAAAAAGGAAGUGGAAAAAGAAAAAGCAGAAGAAUCAGUGCCUUCUUGGGCUAACCCAGAUUCGGACGAGCCCCCGCCUUGGGCUCGGACCGAAUCUGGUUCGAGUGGGUCCCAACAGAGCUUUCAGGUUCCCUUCAUCGUGUACUUACUCGCCUCUGCUAUCACUGCAAUCGCGGCCAUUGGGUCGGUUUUUGAGUACAUGAAUCAGAAGCCUGUUUUUGGAGUUUUGGGAUCAGACAGCGUUUUUUAUGCCCCGGUGCUCGGAUUCUUCGCGUUUACGGGCAUUCCCACUGCUGGCUUUUUGUGGUUCAAAUCGGUUCAAGUGGCUAACAAGGAGGCUGAGGAACAAGACCGGAGGGAUGGCUAUCGGUAGAAUCAAAUUUGCGGGCACAUGCGCAUGAUUAGUAUUGAACAAUAACCCUUUCUGGCCUUGUAUAAUGCAUUUCUUUUGAAUUUGAUUCUUGAAUAUGUUGACUCUGCAUUUUACUUUGUAAAUGAUAAUAUACUACUUGUGUU